AUGACACAAUUACCUUCUGUUUCAGAAUUGAUCAACCGUACUGGAUCAAUAGGUUCAAGCUCAAACAUUACUAGAGUCCCACCAAUGACAACAACAUCAGCAACCAACACUACUACUGCUGCUACUGCUACUACUGUUACUUCUACCACACCAAGAAGUGAAAAUUCUUAUUCACCUAACUCACCAUAUUCAUUGCCUACUAGACCCUCCAAUACUUCAUUAACUAAUUAUUCAGCUGGUUCUGGUAUUACAGUUGCAUCUUCAUCUUUCCAGUUUUCACAACCAAGUCCUGGUAGAAGUAAACACAAUUCAACAUCUUCACAAUCUAGCAGUGGUGAUUCGUUUCAACAACACCAAUCUAAUCCAUCUGGGGUUUCCAUGUCAUCUAAUACUUCACCAAGAACUAGUAUCGUGCAAUCAAUGUCCUCUGUACCAACACCACCAUCAACAGGUCCAGCACCACAACAAUUUGUUUACCAAGAGUCACAAUUGCCAGUACAACCACCACCACAACAACAACAACUCCAGCAACCACCACCACCACCACCGCAACAACAACAGCACAUUUAUCCUCAACAGCAGCCAAAUUUUCCAUAUCAUAACAAUUUUGUAUCACCACCUACAUAUACAACUGCAUAUCCACAAUAUUACUACCAGCCAGUGAUGACACCACCACAUCAUCAACCGCAUCAGCAAGCACCAAUUCAUCUUGCCAAUAAUGUUUCAAUUCUACAAUCCCAAGCAGUAAUGCAAAAUGCUUAUCCUACUACACACUAUUUACAACACGUUGGCCCUCAUCACAUUUACGCCAAUGUCAAUUCUCAAGUAUAUUACCAAGACAUGGCCAGAGAAGAGGCAAACAAAGCCCUUAUUAAUAAGCGACGUAUUAUUAAACGUCGUACAAGAACUGGCUGUCUUACUUGCAGAAAGAGGCGCAUAAAAUGUGAUGAGCGGAAACCAACGUGUUUCAAUUGUGAAAGGAGCAAAAAAUCAUGUCUUGGGUAUCAAGAUUUACUGAAAUUACCACCAAGGAAAAGAAAUCGUGAUACCAGUUUAGAUUUGCCAGAUGGAAAUCAGCAACAACAACAACAACAACAGAAUCAACAAUCAAUAGUUGGUGGUGCUGGUAAUGUUAGUGAUGAGCCUCAUAAUGAAACACAUCAAAUUACUUCGAUCUCUGGAUCUUCAACCAAUUCAAGAAAUCUUGAUAUGAUGAUUCCUCAAAGUUUCAGAAAUAAUAUAUCUUCUCAACCAAUAAAUUUUUAUGGUCCUGUUGCAACAACUGCUUCUGGUGCUAGUGCUGUAAUUAAUAGAGUUUCAGUGGCUGAUUUACUUAAAUAA